CAGUAUACAGACUUCGCCGCUUCUUCAGUCAGUAGCAAUCUAGCUUUGUCUACGCCUCUUGUGAUGAUAAAAAAUGAAAAAUUAAACGAAACUGUAUCGAAUAUGGAAGGUAUUUGCCCGAUCUGCAAUGGACACGCGACAUUAAAAUGCAGUGGUUGUAAACAUCAGUUUUAUUGCAACAAGGAGCAUCAGAAACAGGACUGGCCACGACACAAAUCCAUAUGCCAGGCAUGGGUGAUUCACGAAGAUUCGGAAUUGGGUAGACACUUAUUGGCAUCGAGGGAUCUGGAUCCAGGUGACGUGAUCCUGUCAGAGUCCCCUUUGGUUUGGGGACCGGCUUUGCACACGGAUGACCAAAGGAUAUGUGUAGGAUGUGGAAAACAGUGCAUGAAUAACAGCACCAGAUGCCGAAGGUGCCUAUGGCCAGCCUGUGACCCGGACUGUCCGGGUCUUUUUGAUAAGAAUAGACACAAUUUGGAGUGUCCGUUUCUUGUUGAAGCAAGAGUCUUCCCUAGAUCCGAUGUUCUCUUAGUGAUACGAAUGUUACUACUAUCGCGCAAGAAAUCAAAACAAUGGGCAGCUUUAGAGAAAUUACAAAGUCAUGAAGAUUCUCGUGGUCCAGGAACAGAAGCAUAUGAAGAAGCUAUGAGUAUAAGUCAACAUAUUGAACGUUUCUUAUCAGGCAUUAAAACUGAUAAAGAUAUGGUAGGGAAGAUCUGUGGAUUGAUAGAUGUUAAUGCAUUAGAAACUGCACCGCCCAAAGGAUGUGUCGCUAUUUAUAAUACGGCUUGUCUUUUGGAGCAUUCUUGCGUGGCUAAUACGAGGCAUUCUUUUCUGAUCGAUGAUAAAGGAAGACCUAGAAUCAUUAUCAAGGCUCUUUGUUUUAUUAAAAAAGGAGAACAUUUAAGUACAAUGUACACUCACGCACUAUGGGCAACGAGAGCUCGAAGAACUCAUCUCCUGGAAACAAAAUACUUUUCCUGUCGUUGUAAACGAUGUGCUGAUCCAACGGAAUUAGGAUCCCAUCUGGGCACUUUAAAAUGUCCUCAUGAUAAUGGUUUCAUAUUACCAAAAGACCCAUUGGACUUUGAAUCAGAAUGGGCCUGCGAUUCCUGUCCUGGUGUUCUUACGGCAGCGGAAGUGAUGCAGUUUACUGGAAAGUUGGAGGAGGAUGUCGACGAAGUUAUGUUCCAACCGAGAAAAAAUACAUUAAUCGAUCUUUAUUCCAGGCUCACAACUUUGUUGCAUCCAGGACAUCAACAGUGUAUCACCGUUGGUCAUUCACUGAUUCAACUACUGCCUGCAAAUGAUCCAAGGAAAGCUGAAUUGUGUAAACGUAUUAUAGAAGUUACCAAAUUAUUGGAUCCUUAUGGUGCAAGAGUGGCAUUGUACACAGCAGUUGCCUUAAGAGAAUUAUCCGUUUGCCCAGGAGAAGAUAAAAUAGGUCUUUUAGAAGAAGCAUUAUCUUUGUUGCAAUAUGAACCAGAAGAUUCAGCUGGUAAUAAACUUAGGUCGUUAAUCAAGGCUGAAUUAAAAUACUCCUAAUAAGUGUGACCUUUUAUUGCCAUGACUAUCUUCAUGGUGUAUGAGGUGUAACAAAUUAAUUCGGUGCCUUUAAAUUAUGAUUUUAUAACUUCUUUGAAUAUUGGCACGAGAAUUUGUCAACAAUAAAAAAAGAGUUAAAUAAAUCAUUAAAGUUUA